AUGGUGCUCUCCAAGGCCGUGUCCGAGAGUGACAUGUCCGUGCACUCCACGUUCGCGUCGCGCUACGUCCGGUCGUCUCUCCCAAGGUAUCGCAUGCCGGAGAACUCGAUCCCCAAGGAGGCGGCGUACCAGAUCAUCAACGACGAGCUGAUGCUCGACGGGAACCCGCGCCUGAACCUGGCGUCCUUCGUCACCACCUGGAUGGAGCCCGAGUGCGACAAGCUCAUCAUGGCCGCCAUCAACAAGAACUACGUCGACAUGGACGAGUACCCCGUCACCACCGAGCUCCAGAACCGGUGCGUGAACAUGAUCGCGCAUCUCUUCAACGCGCCGCUGGGCGAGUCCGAGACGGCGGUGGGCGUCGGCACGGUGGGCUCGUCGGAGGCCAUCAUGCUGGCCGGGCUGGCCUUCAAGCGCAGGUGGCAGAACAAGCGCAGGGCCGAGGGCAAGCCGUUUGACAAGCCCAACAUCGUCACCGGCGCCAACGUCCAGGUUUGCUGGGAAAAGUUCGCGAGGUACUUCGAGGUGGAGCUGCGGGAGGUGAAGCUGCGCGACGGCUACUACGUGAUGGACCCCGAGAAGGCGGUGGAGGUGGUGGACGAGAACACCAUCUGCGUCGCCGCGAUCCUGGGCUCCACGCUCAACGGCGAGUUCGAGGACGUGAAGCUGCUCAACGACCUGCUGGAGGUGAAGAACAGGGAGACCGGGUGGGGGACGCCCAUCCACGUGGACGCGGCGAGCGGCGGCUUCAUCGCGCCCUUCCUGUACCCGGAGCUGGAGUGGGACUUCCGCCUGCCCUGGGUAAAGAGCAUCAACGUCAGCGGCCACAAGUACGGGCUCGUCUACGCCGGCAUCGGCUGGUGCAUCUGGCGCAACAAGGAGGACCUGCCGGAGGAGCUCAUCUUCCACAUCAACUACCUCGGCGCCGACCAGCCGACCUUCACGCUCAACUUCUCCAAGGGCUCGAGCCAAGUCAUCGCGCAGUACUACCAGCUCAUCCGCCACGGCUUCGAGGGGUACAGGAACAUCAUGGAGAACUGCCACGAGAACGCCAUGGUGCUCAAGGAGGGCCUGGAGAAGACGGGCCGCUUCAACAUCGUGUCCAAGGACGAGGGCGUCCCGCUGGUGGCCUUCUCGCUCAAGGACCGCAGCCGGCACGACGAGUUCGAGAUCUCCGACAUGCUGCGCCGCUUCGGCUGGAUCGUGCCGGCCUACACCAUGCCCCCCGACGCGCAGCACGUCACGGUGCUCCGCGUCGUCAUCCGGGAGGAGUUCAGCCGCACCCUCGCCGAGCGCCUCGUCCUCGACAUCGAGAAGGUGAUGUACCAGCUGGACGCGCUGCCGUCCAGGCUCCCGCCCCCUCCGCCGCCGGCACAGCUGGUUAGGAAAAAGUCGGAGCUCGAGACGCAGAGGUCGGUGACGGAGGCGUGGAAGAAGUUUGUGCUCGCCAAGAAGACCAACGGCGUCUGCUAG